AUGGCUCCUCCCGCAAGUCUCCCAACCCGCCAGCUUGGCCAGAACGGGCCCAAGAUCACCGCUCUUGGGCUUGGUCUCAUGGGCUUGAGCGUGGCCUAUGGCACCCCUGGUUCUGAUGACGAGCGUCUGAGCUUUCUCGACCGCGCAUGGGAGAUUGGCGCCACGAACUGGGAUACCUCCGACUUAUAUGGCGACAACGAGGUGUUGGUCGGCAAGUGGUUCAAGCUGCACCCAGAGCGCCGCGCCGACAUCUUCCUCGCCACCAAGUUUGGCCUACGCGGCACGGUCCAGUCAGAUGGCACGUAUAACAUCCGUCCCGAUAGCUCGCCCGAGUACUGCCGCGAGGCUUGCGAGAAGAGUCUGGAGAAGUUGGGCGUGGACAUUGACCUGUACUACGUCCACCGUGUGGAUGAGGUCACUCCGAUUGAAAAGACUAUUGAGGAGAUGGUCAAGUUGAAGAAUGAGGGCAAGAUCAAAUACUUCGGGAUUUCGGAGUGCUCUUCCACAACUCUCCGCCGGGCGCACGCGAUCCACCCAAUUUCAGCGGUGCAGGUUGAGUAUAACCCAUGGUCCCUCGAGAUCGAGGGUCCUGCCGGCACCCACCUUCUGAAGACUUGCCGCGAGCUCGGGGUCACAGUCUUUUGCUAUUCGCCUCUGGGCCGGGGCAUGAUGACGGGCAACUACAAAUCUGCGGAUGACUUCGAGGAGUCAGACUUCCGGCGCCAAAUCCCGAGAUUCCAGGGCGAGAACUUCCGGAAGAACAUCGAGCUUGUGGAGAAGUUUGCGGACAUUGCGCAGAAGAGACACGAGUGUAGUGCCGGACAGCUCACCCUUGCGUGGCUGCUUGCGCAGGGGGAUGAUGUGAUCCCGCUCCCGGGCACCAAGAAGAUUCCAUACCUCGAAGAAAACUUCGGCGCUUUGAAGAUCCAGCUGAGCGCCGACGAAGAGAAUGAGAUUCGGGGGCUUGUUGACGAGGCGGAUGUUCAUGGUGAUCGGAGUGCUAUGUUCGGCGCCUACGUCACUUCAGCGCCGCUGUAG